GGGGGAGGGCUGGCGGGGAGCGGAGGCUGAGCCCUGAAGAGACCUAUUGGGAGGUUGAGGGAGGCCCCGGGGCACCAUGGAAGCUCAUCGUGGGGUCCCAGGAAACUCAGGGAAGACGAAGAGGAGCCAGUGAAGCGAGACGCUGACUCAGCUCCCCGGACCUCGACAGGAUGGAAGAGAAGCUGAAGAAAACCAAGAUCAUCUUUGUGGUGGGCGGGCCCGGCUCGGGGAAGGGCACCCAGUGUGAGAAGAUUGUCGAGAAGUACGGCUACACCCACCUCUCCAGCGGGGACCUCCUGCGGGCGGAGGUCAGCUCUGGCUCGGCCAGGGGCAAGAUGCUGUCUGAGAUCAUGGAGAAGGGGCAGCUGGUGCCGCUGGAAACGGUGUUGGACAUGCUCCGAGACGCCAUGCUGGCCAAGGUAGAUUCUUCCAAAGGCUUCCUGAUCGACGGCUACCCUCGGGAGGUGCAGCAGGGGGAGGAGUUUGAGAGAAGGAUCGGACAGCCCACGCUGCUGCUGUACGUGGACGCGGGCCCCGAGACCAUGACCCAGCGGCUGCUGAAGCGCGGGGAGACCAGCGGGCGGGUGGACGACAACGAGGAAACCAUCAAGAAGCGGCUGGAGACCUACUACAAGGCCACGGAGCCCGUGAUCGCCUUCUACGAGAAGCGCGGCAUCGUGCGCAAGGUCAACGCAGAAGGCUCCGUGGACAGUGUCUUCACCCAGGUCUGCACCCACCUGGACGCCCUCAAGUAGUCUGGCUGGAGCCCCUUCCUCAGCUCGGAGCCCCGCCUCAUCCCUGUCCUGACUGGGGCAUCCUGGCCUGAGCUCCGGGCCUCCACCCUGCCCGGCUGGAACACAGACAGAGGAAGCCGCUUUAUCCUGUUUCCAUGGACAGCUGAACACUAAAGGAAUUUCCAAGGACGUUCGGUUUUACUCCUUUUUCUUUGCUUCCACUGGAGUUGAUUCAUGUGGUGUGGUGGGAGUCCCCAGCCUGCCCCCCCACCCCGUCCUCCCGGCUCCGCAGGCCCCCUCCGCAUCCUCCCCUAGGUCUGGUGGAAGACCCAGGCCCUUCCUUACUCCGUGUGUGCUGGGUCCGUGCCAGGCCAGCCCUGGGGGUUCAGGGAGACAGAGGCAGCUCUCUAGCUCUUGGGGAAUCAUGAUCAGGCCGAGCCAGGCCCCCGCCUGGGCUCCUCUACAUCAUCUUGGGGUGACCUUGAUCCCUCAUCUCUCUGAGUGUGUUCUCUGUGCCUACGCCUACUGGGGCCUGGGGCUUGGGGGCCUCCUAGGAGUGAGGGCGCACACGCCAGGCAGCUGAGUGGGCAGCAAAUUCACCUUCUUGGUGCAAGAAGCUCUGAGGAUCUGAAAAGGCCUUGAGCUUGGUGGGGAUGAGGUGGUCACCAUCGGGGCCGGGGUCUCCCUGGGGAGAUGAGGUGCAGGAGCUCCUCUGGUCACAGCUGCCCUUCCUGAACCCACUUCUGAAUCUGAAUUAAGCUCGGUGUCCCCAUUUGACCCCCAAGGUUGGGAUGACAACACCCGGCAAGGGGUGCGAGUUGUCAGUUGCCACACCUGUGGGGGUGGGAGCAGCCUCCCAGGGUGUGCAGGAGUGGGGGUGCCGGAUCCCCAAUCUGUCCUCUUUCCCACUUUGGCCUCAUCACUGAGAAAGGCUCCACUUGGGGUUCAUGUGUCCUUGACACCUCCUCAUGGCACAGCUGGUUCCCUGUAGGGCCAAGAGAGCCUUCAGCGGUUCAAAGUCCCUUGUGGGGUGAUGGCAGCCACUCUGGGUUCCGUGUCCCCUUCUACUUCUGGCAAAUGCGGCUGGUUUUCCAUUUACAUUAGUUAUGGAAAUUUUCCUUUAAAAUAAACAUAUUUAAGUUAUGA